AUGAACGCGCAGGGAAGGGGCAGGGGUCGGGGCCAAGACCGGGGCCGGGGCCGGGGCUGGGGAGGCGGCCGGGGACUGGGCCGGGGCCGGGGAGGCGGCCGGGAACUGGGCCGUGGCCGGGCCAGCCACCACCAAACAUGCGCCGCAUGCAGGCACCAGAGGAGACGAUGCGAAGGGGACUGUAGGCUGGCACCAUACUUCCCAUUGUCCCGGUACGAGGAGUACGCAAGUGCCCACAGGCUUUUUGGCCUUGGCAACAUCAAUAAGAUCAUGAACUCCGCAGCCCAUUGUGAGAGGCAGGGGGCUGCAGAGUCGAUAUUAGCUCAAGGCCGGGCCUGGAAUUUAGAUCCAGUGCACGGCUCCACUGAAAUCAUCAGGACACUCCUCGAAGAGAUAGAUCGUCACGAGAAGGAACUGGCUGUUGUGAAUCAACACCUUGAGUACUAUCGCCGAGGUGGACAGGGAGAGCUUGAUCCUUCCUUAGCUGGGCAGUCCUCGAUUGUUUGCCAGGCAAGUCCCGAAGAACGCGGGAAAAUGAAGGCGAUCGAUGCUCAUCAGAUGGUUAACUGUGAUUACGGAGAUCCUUCUCCGUCAACUGCUGGCACUAGCAAAUUAGAAUUGUGA